AGUACGGUCAAUGUUGCGGUGCAAAUGUUUUAAAAACUUGCUUACUUUUAUAUUACUACUUUUAUUUAGCUAUUGAGACAGAGGACUACAGACAUUUGGAAUGUACUGGCACGGUACACAGGAGAUCAGAUGAAAGUAGCUGCCAUGUCGCGUGAUUCAGAACAAGGCACAGACCCAAAGAGCCAAAGAACCCAAGGUAACCCACGAAGAAGAAGACGAAACCAAGGUGAACUGAGCUGGUAUGACAGGGCUGUUAAUACAGAUUGCCAAGAAGAGGUAAUGCAGAUCCCAAAGGACAAGAUAGGACUUAUUAUAGGAACAAGGGGACGAAGAAAGGAAGAAAUAAUGAAAGAAAGUGGAGUUAAAGAGUUGAUCAUCAGAGAAGACCAAGUCCAUUUAAGAGGAACAGAAGAACAGUGCUCCAACGCAAAAAAGAUUAUAGACAGGAUUUUAAAGGGAGAAAACAGCCCUCAUCUAGGCUCUUGGAAAAAGCUCGACUUUAUAUCCAAGAAUUACAUGGGUGUAGUCAUUGGAAGAAACCACGAGCAACUGAACGACAUAGAACAAAAUACAGGGGCAAAAUUGAAAGCCGGCUCUAAAAGCAAUCAGGAUGACGUGCUCUAUAUCAAGGGACCUAUUGAAAGUCAAAAGAGAGCUAUUCGAAAAAUAAAAGAAAUCGUGUGCAAUUUGAUGAGACACUCAAGUAAACGCAUACAUUGGCUGGUUCAGGUGGAUACGACCCAAUUAGACCUGAACCUCGAAUUAAAGCUGUCCAGGGUACAACUUCCAGAUGCCGGCAACUCUGGCGAAACUAUCUAUGAAGUGAAACCACUGGAGCAACCUUCGCGAGAUAUGGAGGAUUCUCCCCUUGGCUUCACUGGCAUAGAAAAAUUGAAAGAUAAACUCCUCACGGUGCUAGAUAAAAUUCACGAAGAAAAGGAAGAGGAGAGGGUCAUUGUAGACAUAUGGUGUCACUUCGGCCACGUCUACGUAACUAAGGUCGAUGAAGACGAACAAGACGAGGAAUAUUUUACUCUUGCGGAAGUUAAAAAAAACCUUGAGGACGGAAAGCUUGGUUGGAAGUCAAAAUUCAAAGGGGGAUUAGAAAAAAUAGAAGUUGAACACAUUGAAGAGAGUCUGGAAUCCCGUGCAGCUAAAGAAGAACUAAGAUACGACUUUACCUUCUACACUCCUACUUGUCGAUAUGUUCGUGUCAAGGUAUGGCUUACCGAGAAAGAUGGUGGCGAACAGGAAGGUGACGGAGCAAUUUCAAUGGCGUUCUCUCGCAGUGCACCCUUCAGUGUUAUGAAUGUCACGAGUCACGCGUUGCCGGAUGAGCAGGGUGAUUCAUCACACACGCCAUGUUUUUACCUGUGCUCUCAAACACAGCAGAGACUGAAGGCGGACAUUGUAAUGCCCUCCAAGGAGUGUGAUUACCGACUGUUCGUAAAAACAUACUCAGAGAUUGGCCUCGUUCCCAGGACGCCUCAAGCCGAAGAAGAAGAUAAAAUUUUAGAAAGUUAUCUCAUGGGAAUGAAGAUCGAGGAAGGUCAGUUAAUGCUGCCACCAGUUUCCGAGCGACCAGACGGGUUUGACCUGUUUUAUCAGCGACGAAGUCGAAGAAAGAUUUAUGAGUAUGAAAUGGUUGACGAAAAGUUUACCUUGCUUAUUUCCAAAUAUCAAGAGAAAACCGUGGAUGCCGCCGAAACUGAAGCGAGUGAUUUUGACGAAAUAGAUACAGAGACGGAUAUUCUUCUUCACUGUAAAGAAUGGGACCGAAUGCUUGAGGAAGAAAACUGGGAACCAGAGCAGAUUGUAGCCAAGUUACCUACUUUCUUACAGUUCUUGCGAGCAGUUCAGAGUAGUGUGGCACCAUAAAUUGCUGCCUGUGGCAGGGUAGUGUGAGUGGAGACUGAACUUUUUGAAAUAAACAUUUCCAAACACCGA